AUGGAAUUAAAGAGAGGAGGUGACAGUACAUGUUUAUCGAUACGUUCUUUAUUUGGUGGUCGUCCCUUUCAACUCUUUGACGAAAUGCCACCAAACAAGGUAAAAGUCGGAACUCAAACACUCGCAGAUGAACUCUAUGAAUCUUAUGUUCACCAUCAGUUUGCCAAGGGAGGUAGUCACACGUUAAUAUCGAAAAGAGACAAAUCUGUUCAAACUUUAAUCCUGCCACAAAGUAUACCAUCUCGUUUUUCCAAACUCUAUCAAGUCACAAAAGAUCUUCGUAAGAACUUCGAUGAUCCUAACAUGCAUAUUCGACUCAUUGUCGUCUGUCCAUGGUCAAGCGAUCUCUACAUGAACCCCAUAUUCUAUGAGUUCCCAAAGAAAGGUACAAAGGAGGAACAAGACCAAGAAAACAAAAAGUCCACAGAAGAAAAGUUGAAAGACGACAAACAAUUUGAGGAAGACAACAACAUAUCCCAACACUUGCUUGUAAUCGGGUUACCAGAGGCUUCAGAGGAUUGGUACCAGGAAGAGACACUGCCAUUAGAUUCAUACAUUGGGGAGGACGAAUGUUAUGGUCUCGAGUCACUGGAACAAUAG